UCUAUUUAUCUGUGUCCAUUGCUUCUCGCUUAUACCUACUUACAAUUUUUUGAAUUUAUUUAGUUUAUUAUUUUGUAGAGGAUACAGAAACUUGCCGUUUCUUUCAUUUUUAUUCACGUGUCAGCUAGUGAAAUCAAUUCCACCGGCAUGAUUUACUAUAGACAUGUCAAACAUAAAGCAUAAGAAUAAUAUAUUAGCUACUAUUGAUCAACUACGUGAAAGGAAGUCUCGUCCUGAUAUAAAUAGAAUUUGCAAGUUUAUGCUCAAGUGUUACAAAGUAUCGCCAAAAGAUACAAAAGCUGAUCUUAGACGUUGCGUCAGAGAGAAGAGUAUUUUAAAAGUUGACUAUAAGGAUAAUGUAAGUUACAGGAACGCUGCUAAGUGGAGAAAGAGGGCAUAUAAAUCAACAGCAGACAUGGCUUCUACUACAAAUGCAUCCGGUGAGAGAAGAAUAAUAACUUCAGCCAUCGCUACACUUAUCUACAAGGACCAGAGUUAUCUAGAGAAUGGCAUAGCCUUUGAAGAUCUAGUCAAAUCUGCUGCAUCACAAGAGUCAAAAUAUUCAAAGAAGCAACUGGAAAAUAUAAUUAACAAGGAGCUAUCAUCAGGUAGUUUAGUUAAGCUGCCAAAUGGAAACCUGGCUCUGGGCCCCGCAGACCAUGACGGAGACAGCUGUGACAGUUUUAGAUUUGAGUACAAUGCUGACUCUAAUACAAAGAUGACUUCUUCAGCAAAUUCAUCUGCCAGAUCAUCCCCCCAACGGGUCAGGGGUCGCCCAAAAAAGAAUAGAGGAUCCAACAGCAGCUCAUCAAAGAAUGUAAGCAGCAGCACCAGUCAUGGAGUCCGCGUCGGAGAGCGCCGUAAAAUGGCUAAGAAAGUAUUUGAUCCCUCAGACAACAAUGUACCCAGCAAAAAGAAGAGGGGUCGUCCAGUCGGAUCACUAAACAAAAGUACAUUGAAGAAGAGAUUGAUAUCUCAAAACAAAGAUGACAAAGAAGACACUCCUUUUUCUGAGAGUCAACACUCCCUUGAUGCAAGUGCUGACGAGAUGGAAGCUGAAGCUGAAGCAGAAGAGACUAUGGCAACAGAAACAUCUGGUGGUGUUUGUUCUGUGUGCCUAGUACAGAAGCCAAAAGGAUCCAAUGAUAAAAUGGUUGAAUGUCGAGACUGCAGCAACAAAGCUCACCUGAACUGUCUUCAGUCAGGCUCAGGGAUUUUGAAGCUCAGACCAGACAGCACAUGGCAAUGCCCACAUUGCAAAACCUGUGUGGUUUGCUGUGAAACUAAUGAUGCGGGUGUGCUUACUGUGUGCACAAUAUGUUCUGAUGCGUACCAUGCGCUGUGUCACUCCCCGCGCAUUCCAGAACGUCUGAAAGCAUGGGACCAAUGGGAAUGUAACAAUUGCCUGGAAUCAAGGCCAACUGUUGUCGGAUCUCCAGCCAUUAUCAAUAGAAGUUCGCCUACUAUUGAUCCAUUUUUGAAGCCACAUGAAAUUGAUAGAAGCUCAGCUAAAGCAGCUGAUGAAACCCCAAUAGAUACAAAAAUACCUGAUAUUAGUGACUGGACUAGCUCAGAUGUUUAUGACUACUUUAUGGAACAUUUCCCUGAAGCUGCUCCAAUUUUAAAACAACAGGACUUUGAUGGGCAAGCACUAAGUAUGGCACGCAGAGCUGAUAUAGUAAGGGGGCUGGGGUUGCCACUGGGCCCAGCACUGGCCUUGUACAGGAUUGUAGUCAAACUGCAGACAAGGAAGGAUGACUGGACUAUGUGUUGGGGUUGAUGUAGAUACAUACUAGGGCCAAAGUGUUUUUUAAGUGCGUUAAGUUAGUAGUACAAAAGUAUGAUAGUGUUUUUUCUAGAUAAUUAAGAGGUAAAUGAAAAAUUUGAAGUUAUAAUAAGUUAUCUAUUUGCUAAGCUAAUAAAUAAGUCACAUAUUUACAAUUUC